CCAAACCGUCGGGCUGGCGAAAUGAACGGUCCACGUCACUCCUCCGAGCACCUCCCCUACUCCACUGCCACUCCCUUCCAUCCCCGUUGAAUUUGAUCCAUCUCAGUGCGGCCUAGAAAGAGAGAAAGACAGAAAGAGAGAAGAUGAUCGCUUCUUAGUUAUAUACUAGAUGUCAUAUCGGAUUUGAUCCGGUGCAAAGGCCGGCGUACGAGUGAUAGGUGAUGGCGGGAGGCCGGUCCGUUCGUCCGGCGGCGACGGGCAUCCGUGGGCUCUUCAGCUACCGUGUGUUCGUGUCGGCGAUGUUCAGCCUGCUCUUCCUGGCGGCCCUCUCGGUGCUGCUCUCGAACAACCCCUCCUCCUCCUCCUCCGCCGCCACCUCCUCCGCCGGCGACCCCUCCGUCGCCGGCGCCGCUCUCCGUCCCUACCUCGGCCGCACCUUCCUGACCGUCAAGUCCGACCCCCUCCGCGCCCGCCUCCACCUCCUCCUCCGCCAGGCGGCGGACCACUCCGCCCUCGUCCACGCCUAUGCCGCCUACGCCCGCCGCCUCAAGCUCGACAACUCCCGCCAGCUCCGCGCCUUCGAAGACCUCAGCGCCUCCCUCUCCUCCCUCGCCGCCCGCCUCGACUCCGACCUCCCCUCCGACGAGGACUCCCUCCGCCCCCUCGAGAAGGAGGCCAAAGAUCGCAUCAAGUUCGCCCGCGCCCUCAUCUCCGAAUCCAAGGAGUCCUUCGACACCCAACUCAAGAUACAGAAGCUCCGCGACACCAUCUUCGCGGUCCACGAGCAACUCCACCGCGCCAAGAAGCUCGGCGCCCUCACCAACCGCAUCGCCGCAGGAUCCACCCCCAAAAGCCUCCACUGCCUCGCCAUGCGCCUCAUGGAGGACCGCAUCGCCCACCCGGACUCCUACCGGCAACCCGGCCCCGACCCGCCCGAGCUCGCCGACCCCGAUCUCUACCACUCCAUUCUCAUCUCAGACAACAUCAUCGCCGUCUCCACCGUCAUCAACUCCGUCAUCCGCAACGCGGCCAACCCAUCGAAGCACGUCUUCCAUGUCGUCACCGACCCCAUGUAUUUCAACGCGAUGCAGGUUUGGUUCACCCGCCGCCCGCCCACCGGUGGCGCGCGGGUGGAGAUCAAGUCGGUGGCCGACUUCGGCUUCUUGGAUUCCUCUUACUCGCCGGUCGUGCGACAGAUCGAGGGUGGGCGGCGGGACUUGUCGCUGCUCCACUACCUGCGGUUCUACCUGCCGGAGAUGUACCCGAGCCUGCAGCGGGUGGUGUUCUUGGAGGAUGAUGUGGUGGUGCAGAAGGAUCUGGCAGGGCUGUGGAGGGUGGAUUUGGACGGGAAGGUAAACGGGGCAGUGGAGAUGUGCUUUGGGGGGUUCAGGAGGUACAACAGGUACAUGAACUUCUCCCACCCGGUGGUCCGGGAGCGGUUCACCCCGAGGGCGUGUGCAUGGUCCUAUGGAGUAAAUGUCUUUGAUCUCGAUGCGUGGAGGAGGGAGAGGUGCACUGAGAAAUUCCAUGAGUACCAGGAUUUGAAUGAGGAUGGAAUGAUCUGGAACCCAGGCACUGUGCUUCCAGCAGGAUUGAUGACGUUCUACACCACUACUAAACCACUAGACAAGUCAUGGCAUGUAAUGGGGCUUGGUUAUAAUCCAAGCAUUAGCUCAGAUGCGAUCCGCAAUGCUGCAGUUGUGCACUUCAAUGGGCACAUGAAGCCAUGGCUCGACGUGGCCUUGAACCAAUACAAGCACCUAUGGACCAAAUAUGUAGAUACUGAAAUGGAAUUCCUCCCACUCUGCAACUUCGGCCUGUAAUUUGGAAUUCAAGAGAACUCAGUCCAUUUGAGGUUACUUACUACAAACCUCCUCCAUGUUAUCUAGAGCUAGUAGAGAUUGCCGGGCAAAAGUGCCUGAGCAUAAUUGCCUUUGUCUUUUAUUGCUUUUUGUUGUGACAGAGAUGGCCUUCUCCACUAUCACAUUUUGUCACUAGUUCUUUCUUUUGCUUUAUGUUUCUUUGAGAUGUACUACUUGUUGUUUCUUUUGUAGCUCAAAUGUAAUGGAUGGUUUUGAUAUACAAAGGUAUCAAGUGAGUUUACUUGACAGUAAUUUUUGGGAA